AUGAGGUUAAAAGAUUUGGCCUUUAUUAUUAUGUUAAUGAUCUCAGGAGAACUCUGUGCAGAAGAAAAACACUGUGAUUUUCCUACUGUGGAAAAUGGAAGGAUUGCUCAAUACUAUUAUACUUUUAGAAACUUUUAUUUUCCAAUGAGCAUAAACAAAAAAUUGUCAUUCACCUGUUUGGCUGGUUAUGCGACUGAAAGUGGGAAGCAAGAGGAGCGAACCACAUGUACAGCAGAAGGCUGGGUUCCAGAACCCACGUGCCUCAGAAAAUGUACUAAGCCUGAGUUGAAGAAUGGUUAUGUCUCUGAUAUAAAAGUACUGUACAAAAUUCAUGAGAAUAUGCGCUAUGGUUGUGCUUCUGGAUACAAAACCACUGGAGGGGAGGAUGAGGAAGUGGUUCAAUGCCUUUCUCAUGGGUGGUCUUCUCAACCAGCCUGUAGGAAGGAGCAUGACACAUGUUUGGCCCCUGAGUUACACUAUGGAAACUAUUCCACGACACAGAAAACAUUUCAAGUGAAUGAAAAAGUACAGUACGCAUGUGCUGCAGGCUACUACACAGCUGGGGGGAAGCAAGCAGAGGAGGCCCAGUGCCACACACACGGAUGGUCUGUCACACCACAGUGCACCAAAUUAAUGUGCUCUUCUUUAAGAUUAAUAGAAAAUGGCUACUUCUACCCUAUAAAGCAAACUUAUGAGGAAGGAGAUGUAGUUCAAUUUUUCUGUCAUGAAAAUUAUUACCUGAGUGGAUCUGAUUUAAUUCAAUGCUAUAACUUUGGUUGGUACCCAGAAUCUCCUGUAUGUGAAGGAAGAAGAAAUAGAUGUCCUCCUCCACCUGUACCUCUACACACCACAAUUCAAACAUACUCAGCAAGUUAUCGUCAUGGAGAAAUAGUUCAGAUAGAAUGUGAGCUUAACUUUGUCAUUCGGGGAUCAAGAGAAAUACGCUGUGAAAAUGGAAAAUGGACAGAUCCUCCAAAAUGCAUCGAAGAAAAGGAGAAAGUAGCCUGUGAAGAACCGCCCAUCAUCAAGAAUGGUGUGGCAAAUCAAUAUUCUAAGAUGUAUUAUAAUGGGGAUAAAGUGACAUACAGGUGUGAAAGGGGCUACUAUCUCCAGGGAACAAAUGAGAUUACAUGCAACCGUGGACAGUGGACAUUGCCACCUGAAUGCAUUGUGAACAAUGAGAAUUGCAAACUUCCACCUGUUGUAGAAAAUGGAGCUGUCAUUGAUGUGUUAUUGGAAAGUUAUACAACAGGAUCCUCAGUGGAAUACAGAUGCAAUGAAUAUUACUUAUUAAGUGGAUCAAAAAUAUCUCGAUGUGAACAAGGAAAAUGGUCCUCACCACCUGUUUGCUUGGAGCCAUGUACUGUUAGUAUGGAUGCCAUGAAGAGAAAUAACAUAGAAAUGAAAUGGACAUAUGAAGGCAAGGUCUUACAUGGAGAUUUAAUAGACUUUGUAUGUAAACAGGGAUAUGGCUUGUCUCCCUCAAUCCCACUCUCUGAGCUAUCUGUGCUGUGCAAUAGAGGAGAUGUGAAGUAUCCUGUCUGUGUUAGAAAAGAAUCUAAAGGAAUGUGUGCAUCCCCUCCACUUAUUAAAAAUGGAGUCUUCAUUAGUUUACCAGCAGCUACCUAUGAAAAUGGCUCUUCGGUAGAAUACAGGUGUUUUGAUCACCAUUUCCUACAAGGAUCUAGGGAGGCCUAUUGUGUAGAAGGAGUGUGGACUACACCACCACUGUGUUUAGAGCCUUGCACAUUAUCAUUUGUUGAAAUGGAAAAGAAUAAUUUACUCUUGAAGUGGAAUUUUGACAAUCGACCCCAUAUUUUCCAUGGCGAGUACAUUACAUUUCUUUGUAAGGGAGGCACAUAUAUAGCUGAGUCAUCUAUUAUCAGCUCUGAACAUAGAGUACAGUGUGACAGAGGGCAGCUGAAAUAUCCAAGAUGUGUACAAAGAGAAAGGAUUCCUUCUUAUCAAGAACCAUUGAGGACAAAAAAAUGA